AAUAGGUUUCGGGGACAGAGUACACCUUAAAAGCUUUCCCAACUAAGGGGCUGGACCUUAUCUCUUAUCGUAAUCGAGUCCGACAAAUAUGUCGGCGACAAUCGAACACCAGUUUUAGUGGCAAAGCGCAGCGGAAUUUACAUUAAUUUGCGCGUUUACCUGAGUGUUAGUGCAUACGUAACUCCCCCACAAACAAAGUCUGCAAAUGGAAACCGGCGAGGGAAAUAUGGCUGGGCCAUUUAUUGGCGCCAUUGACGAGGGCACGACCUCGGCGCGCUUUAUGAUAUUCCGUGCGGGCACCGAUGACAUCGUCUGCUACCAUCAGAUCGAGGUGCCGUCCAUUUUCGUCAAGGAGGGCUGGUGCGAGCAGGAUCCGCGCGUCAUUACCAACACUGUCAACGAGUGCAUCGAAGGCGCCUGCCAAAAGCUGGUCGCGCUGGGCGGCAAAAUCGAGGACAUUUUGGCCAUUGGCAUUACCAAUCAGCGUGAGUCGACUUUGGUUUGGGAUCGCAACACGGGCGAGGCGCUGGCCAAUGCCAUUAUUUGGCUGGACAAUCGGACCACAAGCACUGUGGAGGAAUUGCUGGAAACGAUACCGAACAAUGCGCGGAACAUUAACUAUUUGCGGCCACUGUGCGGCUUGCCGUUAUCGCCGUACUUCUCCGGCGUAAAGCUCCGCUGGCUGCGCGACAAUGUGGCCACGGUGCGCAGGGCCAUGGACACGGGCGACGCCAUGUUUGGCACCAUCGACACCUGGCUGAUGUACAAUCUGACGGGUGGAGUGAAUGGCGGUGUGCACAAGACGGACGUGACAAAUGCGUCGCGCACCAUGCUCAUGAACAUCGAGACGCUGCAAUGGGAUGCCAAUCUGUUAAAGUUCUUUGGCCUGCCCAAUAGCAUACUGCCGGAGAUCUGCUCGAGCGCCGAGCACUUUGGCACGAUUGCGGCCGGCGUACUGCGGGGCAUCAGCAUUACGGCGGAUCUGGGUGAUCAGCAGGCGGCGCUGGUAGGUCAGCAGUGUCUGGUCAAGGGCCAGGCCAAAGCCACAUACGGCACCGGCUGCUUUUUGCUCUACAAUACGGGUCCCUCCAUAGUGCACUCACAGCACGGCCUGCUGACCACUGUGGGCUAUCAGCUGGGACGCAAGGCGACGCCCUACUACGCGCUGGAGGGCAGCGUCUCCAUAGCUGGCGCCGCCUUCAAUUGGCUGCGCGACAACAUUGGACUCAUUCAGAAUACGGCCCAGAUUGAGUCCAUGGCCAGCCAGGUGGACAGCUCGUUGGAUGUGUACUUUGUGCCCGCCUUCAAUGGGCUGUAUGCGCCCUACUGGAAUCAGGAUGCACGCGGUGUGCUCUGCGGCCUCAGCGAGGAGACGACCAGUGAGCAUAUUGUCCGCGCUACGCUGGAGGCGGUUUGCUUCCAGGUGCGCGACAUACUCGACUCCAUGCACAAGGACUGCAAAAUUCCGCUGGCCAAGCUGAUGGUCGAUGGCGGCAUGACCGUCAACAAUCUGUUCCUGCAGCUGCAGUCCGAUCUCGUCGGCAUUCAUGUGCUGCGCGCCAAGAUUGCAGAGACCACAGCGCUGGGCGCUGCGAUGGCCGCCUACAAGACGGUGGCGCCCCAGUACAACAUGGAGGGGCCACUCUCCAAGUCGGAGGAACGCGAGGCCGUCAAGCCGAAAAUAAAUUCCACGGAGCGUAAUUUGCGCUAUCAGAAAUGGAAAAUGGCCAUUGAGCGUUCCCUGAACUGGGAGACGUCCACGCUGGCGCAAGGCGAGCGCGGAUCCUUUGAUGGUGCCUAAAGUGGGGCGCAGUACCCAAUCGCAAAGCCAUGGCAAUAUGUUUCUUAAUUGAAUAAAAUUUGU